UUAUGAAAAUAUUUUUGAUUAUUAUUAUUUUUUAAAAAUUCAAAAUCAUGCCCUUAAUGUGCAACAAUAAAAAAUGUUUCUAUAAGAAUAAUAAUGAGCAUUGGAAAAACGUCACAAUGGAAGCGAGUUUUGAAACAAGUCAUCAAAUUCAACUCACCCAUUUAGAAAAAUUUAGAACAUUUAAAAGUAACAAAGAUAAUAAAGUGUUACAUGAUGAUUUUACAUAUAUUCAAACAUAUCCUCCUUGUUUUAAUACCGAGCCUCAAGAUUUUACAUAUUGCUAUGGAAUUAAAGGAAGUGAACCUUGUCAAUUUACUACUGUGAUUGACAUGGAGGACUUUUUGAACAAUGAAAAGCGGAAAGAAAAAUCAAGAGAUGCUGCACGUUGCCGCCGAUCUCGAGAAAGUGACAUAUUUAAUGAUUUAGCAACUUUGUUGCCACUACAGAAAAAAGAGGUGGAGCAUUUAGACAAAGCAUCAAUUAUGCGUUUAUCAAUUGCAUAUUUGAAAGUUCAGAAUAUGUUAAAAAAUUCAAACUUGUCUUGCAAUAUAGAUUCUGAGAAAGAUGUCAAGAUGAUUUCGAAAUUUACUGGUACUCAAACCCUCAAUACUUUAGAUGGUUUUCUAUUAAUCCUAUCAGAGGAUGGAAUUAUUACCUAUAUAUCUGAAAAUAUUCAUGAAUUCCUUGGCUUGUCACAUAUUGAUUUGCUUGGACAACCGAUUUGGGAAUAUACUCAUCAAUGUGAUCAUGAGGAACUUCGUGACUCACUUCAUGGUCGACAUAUUAGCCAUUUAGAAGUGCUAAAUAGAACAAAUUGUGAAGAUUUUCAACCAGAGAUAAAACGCGAUUUCUUCUUGCGAUUAAAAUGUACACUAACAAGUAGGGGAAGAAGUGUGAAUAUUAAAAGUGCUUCUUACAAAGUUAUUCAUAUAACAGGACAUAUUGUUUGUGAUGCGAAAAAUCGUCAUUUACUUGCAAUCGCUAGACCCUUACCCCAUCCAAUAAAUAUAGAAGCACCUUUAGGUUUCACGACCUUUUUGACAAAACACAGCUUGGAUAUGAAGUUUAAAUAUGUUGAUGACAAAAUGUUAAAUCUACUAGGCUACAUGCCAGAACAUUUACUAUCAACAUCUUUGUUUAUUCUGCAUCAUGCAGAAGAUUCAGAGAAUAUGUUAUUGAUUUUCAAAUCACUAAUUAACAAAGGACAAAUAGAAACUAGACGAUACAGAUAUCUUGCAAGAUAUGGUGGUUAUGUUUGGGUAGUCACUCAAGCCACAGUUUUAUAUGAGAAACAAAAACCUUCAAGUGUUGUUUGCAUUAACUAUGCAAUCAGAAGUUUUUCUACAAAGAUUGAAAAUUGGUCCAUUCGACGAGCUGAAGCACUUUGGAGAAAAAUGAGAGAAAAAAAACUUGCGGAAAUUGAAGCUCUAGAAGCUUGUACCUGGUUGCGCGCUGCUGGAUUUCCACAAUACGUACAAUGGUUUCAAGAAAAUUUGUUUCCAAUUGACUUAAGCACAGUUGGCAGAGAUCAUUGUUUUUUGGAGAAUGAUGCUUUGCAAUCCCUUUAUAGGCGCCUCGUUAUUUUGAAUAACUGUGCAAGAAUAAGGGUUGAAUUACAAAGAAAAAGUUCCUCAACAUUAGCAGAUAACGAGUCAGAUGAUGAUGAAAAUUGCGCUCUCAGUGAAAACUGGACAUUUGAACCACAAAUUCGACGGUGGUCUAGAGUCGUGGAAAUGGGGCCAAUUCAUGUAAAUUCACCUCAAAUUGAUACACAAAGCGAGACUUCUAAUGAGUCUUUUUCUAGAAAAGACAUAAGCACAAUUGAAAUUCUUAGUUUUUCAACUCUGCCUCUUGGAUUAGCAGUUCAUCCAAAUGGAACAGAACAUAAAUUUUCAAACAGUUUUAAGAGAACUGGAAGUGAAAGAUUAAGAGAUGGAGCUAAAUCAUUUUUCAAAAAAAUUGAAUCAAUAAAAACAAAAAAAAAAGGGAAGAGUCAAAGUCGUGCUCUACAUGAUAUUUCAAUAACAAACAAAAGACCAGAACAAUUAAAUUUAUUUUAUUCCAAAUCAAAUCCAACAUCUCCAUUUUCAAGUCCUAAUCAUGGUUCCCUCACAUCGUGUUCACAUUUCUUAGGUCCAAUCGUUAAUACUACUAAUAAUAAUAAUAUUCAUCCAAUACAUGUUCAGCAAUCAAAAGGAGACGAUAGUUCUCUCUGUAGCGAUAGUAGCCAAGGAUCAUCAAAUUCUUUAACUUGUAAGAGACAAUCUCGUUUUAAACGAUUUUUAAAACAAAAAAAAAACAUUGAUCAAGGAACAUUAUCAGACUCUGAAUGUCAUAUUAGUAUAAAAGAAAAUCGUAAAAGCAUAAAAAAAAGAAAAAAAUAUAGCAAUUGUACACUAAAUAUUCCAAAGCCAAUAAAAAGAGGCGGCUCACUUAAUUUAGGAAAAAAUGAGGGAGUUAUUACAAAAGGAAAUAUUAAUUUUAAUGCAUGGCACACUUUUCAAGUCACAAAUCGUAAGCAAAGUGUAAAUGCACUAACUUUAACAUCAAAUGUCCCAAGACGUAAAUCUUCUAUAUCAGGAUUACAUUUAUUAUCAAUGUCAUGCGGCCAAUUACAGGUCAUAAGAAAACUCGCAUUAGUUACAUUAACGGGGCUUAUGGAACGCUACUGUCCGAACCAUAAAACUGGAUGGCAGCAUUGGGAGCUUCCAAAGUUCAUAAAAAAUAUUAAAUCUCCAGAUUACAAAGACAAACAAGUCUUUGGCGUUCCCAUAUUAUUGGUUUUACAAAGAACAGGUCAAGCGGUACCACAAAGUAUACAAGGAGCAUUAAAAUGGCUUAAAUUGAAUGCUAUUGAAUGUGUAGGUUUAUUUCGAAAGUCAGGAGUAAAAUCACGUAUUUCUAGAUUGAAAUAUAUUGUCGAAAUAACUAGUGACGAUACUCUUAGCACAUAUGAAGGACAAAACGCAUAUGAUGUAGCUGAUUUGGUAAAACAGUAUUUUAGAGAGUUGCCGGAGAGUGUUUUAACAUCUAAAUUAAUUGAUACUUUUUUAUCUAUAUUUAAACACCUUCCGAUUUCGCAUCAUUCUGACGCAGUUCAAUCAGCUGUUUUACUUCUACCAGAUGAAAACCGUGAUGUUCUUUACUAUUUAUUAGAUUUUCUUAAACAUAUAUCAGACGGUUCGAUGUAUAACCAAAUGACACCUUACAACUUGUCUGUGUGCUUAGCGCCAUCAAUUUUUCAAACAACAAAAUACAAUUCAAUAGCUAAACCUAAAAGUAAUAGAGGUUGGUCUACUUCGCGGGAACUAUGUGAUAUAAACGCAGCUCAUGAAUGCUUAACCUUUAUGAUAAACCAUUACAAAUCACUUUUUUCAAUAAGUUAUGAAAGAUUCGUCAAAUGUAGCUUUAGUUACUUAGAUGACUCAAAAGUUGCUUCACUAAAUUCGCUCUGUGAUGGAAAUUGGAACGCAUACUUGGUACAAUGUACUAAAGAUACAAUAAAAGAAGCAAAAGAGAGAUCACGAGGAUGGGUUUCUAUAAACUCUUUUGACAAUUCAAUUGACAUAUUUUACAAAAAAGUUGGAGAUGGGCAUCCUCUUAGACUUUGGAAAGCCGUUACUGAAAUAAAUGAGGACAUUGAAAAAAUUCAACAUCAUAUCAUGAAAGAACGUCACUUGUGGGAUGCAAAUAUCCUAAGAUCAAAAGUUAUUGAACAAUUGAACGAAAGAAGUCAAAUAUUUCAAUUUGUGGUUGGAGGACUAAACUUAAUUGACUUUUGUGUGCUUCGAAGCAUUCAAACAGAUUUACCUAGAGGGUCUUGUGUUAUAGUAGAAAGUUCAAUAGAUCAUCCUGAUGCCGUACCAUUGCUUGGUGGUAUUCGUGGUGUAAUUCUAGCUUCACGUUUCUUAUUGGAACCAUCAGGAGUGAAAACAACAAAAAUCUCGUAUUUGUCGAGAGUUGAUUUGAAAGGGCACUCCCCUGAUUGGUAUCAAAAAGUUUAUGGAAACUUUGUUUCACAAAAUUUGUGUAGAAUUAAAAAGUUCUUCCUCAAAAAUAAAGCAGAAUAAAUAAGCAAUAAAUAUUGGAGAUCAUAAACAUUCCUAAUUCCUUUUGACAAAGAAAAAUACAUGUUUUGUUAAAAAAAAUAAACUUUUAUUAUUUAUAUGUAUAUCAAAAUUAGAGAGACAAUUUUCUUAAUAUUUAGAAUUCUUAUUACA